GACGCUGUGGUAGCUGACUUAACGAUCCGUGCAAAUAGGUCAUUAUACGUAGAUUACACAUUACCAUAUACAGAAUCUGGUGUGACAAUGGUUGUGCCAAUGAAGAGCACGAGGAAUAAAAAUGCAUGGGAGUUCAUAAGACCUCUAACAGGUCAAAUGUGGGCUCUAACUGGCGGUUUCUUCCUUGUCAUCGCACUUGUUGUUUGGAUUCUUGAACAUCGAAUCAAUGAAGAGUUUGAUGGAAGUGCUUUGGAUCAGCUCUGUACGAGUCUUUGGUACUCUUUCUCCACCAUGGUUUUUGCCCAUAGGGAUGUUACAUUCAACAACUGGACCAGAGUUGUGGUGAUAAUAUGGCUGUUUAUAGUUCUAGUCAUUACACAAAGUUACACUGCAAGUUUAGCUUCACUUUUGACGGUUCAAGAACUCAAACCAGCCGUAACUGAUAUCAAUCAGCUUCUUAAAAAUGGAGAGAACAUAGGGCUUCAAGGGGGUUCUUUCAUCUAUGAGAUUCUCAAGUCCUUGAAGUUCAAUGAUAUCCAGCUCAAAACUUACAGCAGUGUAGAACAAAUGCACGAACUUUUCACAAAAGGAAGCAUGAAUGGAGGAAUUUCUGCUGCCUUAGAUGAAAUCCCUUACAUUAACCUAUUUCUCGCAAAGUAUUGCUCACAAUAUACCACCACUGAACCCACCUAUAAAGCCGAAGGUUUUGGUUUUGGUUUUCCAAUAGGUUCGCCCUUAGUACCUGAUAUCUCGAGAGCAAUCUUGCAAGUGACAGAAAGUGAUAGAAUGAGAGAGAUCGAGAACGCUUGGUUUCAGAAGCCGAUGGACUGUUCAGCAUCGAAAGCUUCGGAGCUUUCUUCAAGUCGACUCAGCCCCAUCAGCUUCUGGGGACUUUUUAUGAUCAUCAGCGUUGUUUCUUUUGUUUCUUGCAUCUCUUACAUUGGCAAAUUUCUGUACGACGAACGAUUGGUGUGGUUAAACGUAAAUCAUACCAUCUGGGCUAGAAUUUCUCGCUUGUUUCUAAUGUUUAUGGGGAGAGACUUGAGAGCUCACCCGUUGCGGAGGAGGAGAAGAUUCAUAGAUAAUGCCAAUCCUGUUCUUCGAAGAAACCGUAGUUUUUAGACUCAAGUUGCUCACAUUCCAGCAGAUUUAGAAUGUGUUAAUUUCUUCGUCGUUCUUGUGUGGCACAUUUUGAAUAUGAUUUUCUGUUUUGAUU